AUGGAGGGUGCUAGGGCGCUGGAGACGCCCAUUACCACAUUGUCGAGGAUGUUCUCGCAUGCAGGGUAUUGGGAAAAUUUAAUUGAUUUCCUUCUCACGAUAGAAUUGUUGAACUUUCCAGGACUCUCGAGGGACGAAAUCCAAGAAAAUCUUUUUGUAAAUUAUUUCUUGUUAAUCACUAAGCCUUAUAGCUGAUCCCCGUCCGAUACCGAAGGAUCUUGAUGAGUGUGCUAACCAGGAGCCGCCACCACUACAAGCAACUCAUGAUUGGUUGUCAAAUGGAGAGCUAUGCAGAUCCUUCCGAGAAUCUUCAAAUAGUUGCUCUUCGGGGUACUUUAGCUCUACCAGUUACUCAGCUCCGUCUACUUGCCAGUUUGAAAAUGUAGGGUCAUUUACUUAUUCUUACCAUGUCUUCGGUAGGCGUCUGAGAGACCCGAACAGUUAAAUUCAACUACCUCAGGCCAAUUGCAACUGAAGUGGCCUAAGAAGGAACGACCUUGCUUCGAACUCCGUCGAUCUCAGUCUUGCACAUCUACUUGGCUUGCGAAAAGGUCUCAAAAACGACAGUGUUGGCCGCGUUUGUCUGGCAUACUCAGAAGAAGUGCUACGGUACCCAAUCCUUAUUCUAGCUCUGGGGAUUCUGGCUGCCGACCGCCUGUGGGCUGUCGGAAGAUCUCUUGCCACCCCGGGCUGUCUACAGUGGGCGAAGACCUGGAUAAUAGUACAGGCAACGACGUGAAUUCUGAGGACAUUGGCACACAAUUGGUUGACCUCGACGCUACCGAUAUCUUUUCACCACGUGCGCCUGCCGCAAAGAAACAACGUAUAUACUCACCAAUUGUUUGUCCACAGUCACCCAUCGCCUCGGACCCCGCGACCGCUGAGAGCCUCGACUCUACCACGCCCCUAGACAGUUCGGACUCAAGCGAUAUCCAUGUCGACUCACCUGUGAUUUCCGGGGAGCGGUAUUCAAACGAAGCCUCUAAAGCACUUCCUUUUGAUUUGCUUCGCCACCAAUCCACGCCAGUGACUAAUGUGAAGAACGUGAGAGUUCUCCCGACAAGGAGUGAGUGCAAGCAGCCUCCUCAGCUUUCUCGUUGCGUCUCGGUUCCCGUGUCCGUUUGCGCUGACGAGGUAUGUUGCAAUCAUCAUUUGAUACUAUCGUUAGACCGUAUGGGAAUUCCGGGCCUUGACCCCCCCAUUAUUUUCAUUCGAGGUGCAGGCUAACGUUAACGAGACCAAGUUUAGUAGGAUAUUUUGUGAACAGUUUCAUCUUAGCACACGUAAACUCACCAGUCUGGGUCUUUCCGUUCUUUCCGCAACUGUAUGUACAUCUUCGUCAAACUGUGACUGGUUGUGCAGCUAUUUACCGACUGGGGACUUCAUUUAUAUCCUGUAUUUGUCCUCUGCAUUAUACACUGUUGACUACACGAAUGCGGGGUCUCCCGAGAGAAAAAGUAAUAAGUGAAUGACGCAGCCUAGCACCAUUUAGAGAUUAAUUUGGGGCUGGAUGUUGUCAUGUGGAGAUAUUGUCAUGCAUGCCAACUAAGUGAUGCCAUAUUCGCAGCUACAACCACCUCUACGUCUGCAGCUAACUCGUACCAUGAUGGAAUAACUUGCUAAACCCGAGACGACAUUUGUAGACAUCAUCUAGACUUUGUAGGCGGCUUUUUAUCCUUCUUCCAUAGUUUUUGUGCCAACAAAGGUGUUUUGAUGGCGGCCAGCAGCGGUCGCACCCCAAACCACCGCCAUCAUAAGGAACUGACUAUCCCUCCUGGACUAACGAUUCGGUCACUGGUUGUGAGAGUUAUCUCAUCGAGCAAAUGCGACUGGCCUUCGAUGCACUGAAAUUUCUCAACCUCACCUGUCAAUCUGCUGAUCAAGUGCCUGUGUACUUGACCUGAUUUGCUACCCGUACAGGAUGCGGGUAGACUUUGUAAUGGUGAGCCUGAACUUUAAGGACACAGACGAGAGUUAAGAUUUGUUUCUCAACCAGUGACCUUCCUUUGGUCGUAGCAACAGGGAAACCGCUCGACUUCAAAGGGUCGACCACUAUUGUCAAAAUUAGUACUCAGUAGAACUUUUGUUAAGAGAAGCUUGCGAGGCUUGAUAGUGACAGAAGUGGUUAUCACCUGGAAUACUUCCUUUAUCUCCUCUAACCCUGGACCCAUGUACUGCAUGAACGUCAAACUUUAAAGCUCAUGACUGUUGUCAUCGACCAGAUGGAAUAAAAUCCUCUGAGAACACCUAAAACGAGGAAUUACUGUUAAAACGCUUGUCUAAAUUCUGGUUCUGACUUCCCGCUUAUUGACCUUUUCUCAAGAUAGACAAUCUGCCGCACAAAUUACUGGGUGUCUUUGGACAAAGGAGGCAUCAGGGUACGCAUACGACUGAAGAGACACCCUUAUCAAAGAUGUGGUCCAAAGCGUUGAGCAGGGACUCUUUCGGGGAUGGGACAGUAACAGCAUUACUUCGUCCUUUUCAGCAUUUGACCUUUCUCCCCUGUUUGGCACUUGUGCCCCCAAACGCAUCACGUGUUAGAUGCGCUGGACCAUCACGGGUGCCAUAUCGGAUCUUGGAAGGCGUUAACGGCUGGAGCUUUGCCGUUUUUGUCGCGAAUUAGAUUCCUACCGGGGCCUCCGAGUUUCUCAGAAUCGGGUCAGUCGAAAUAUAAGGUGGACUUCCCGCAGGCAUUGGAAGCCUUUCCAGUUAUCAGCUCUCACCAUAACCUACAGUGUUGUGCACAGCUUUACACACACAUGUUGUUGAUCGACCUCACCCAAGACUUGCGUACAUGUGGACUUGUUAUUCUUGCGCCUUUAUGGGCUGUCUUGCAGGCACACAACCCUUUUCUGGCUUUUUAUUUAGACGCAUCCGACCAAAGCUGUCCGGAUCUCAACUUAUAUCUGAUGUAUCCAAGCCCAGAUUGUUUACCCAUUGCCUAUGCCACUUGACUAACCGAAUAUAGGUUUUAGCUAAUGGGUUAGAUGCCGCCAACAAUGAGUCUUUAGUCUUCGUUACUGCAUUUGUGGAACGUGCCCUCCGUAUCGGCUUUCAAUCUUAAAGAUGAAUUUAAGCGAGUGUCUACAUCUUCGAGGAUCCUCAGUCUACAGUUCGGAACCUACAGACUUUUACAAAACCGUCUCAUUUUAAGGCAUCAUCGGCCCUUACCUUCCUGAAUUAAUCUGUCUGAUUGCAUUGAAAUUUGAGUCCGUGUUUUAGACACCGUAGAUGGUUUGCGUUUCUGUCCUCCGAUCUAGUGAAUGAGAAUACCUCCCGUUUUUACGCUGCUGCAAUUCACCUCAUCUCUGGUUAGAAAGUAAGUUAGUCAAUUUAUUGUUGGGAGAAAUUAGCCGAUUUCCUGCGUCAUAGCUUCUUUGAUGGAACCAACAAUCGUUCUUCCCCAGGAGGCUGUUUUUGCAAAUUAAAGACACCUAGUUGCAUAUACUGGAGACAGGGAGGAGUAACAAUAAAAGUCGACCUCUGGGUGGAAGUUUUAUACAUCUGACGUUUGACACUUUAUUUCAUACGCACAAUCACAUGAUGGGCAUUAAUGAUAGAAGUGAGUGUUUCCUUCGGAGUUGUGACAGUACUCUUCGUUGGCCUCCCCACUUCGUGACUUGUUGACCGCUUAAUCACCGUACCUCGGCGCCCGUUUUGAACUGAAAGCGAGACCUGGGGACGGCAACUCAACGUUUAACCGUGUGGUAUCGGUGGGGGGGGGGCGGUGUUAGCGGUUGGCUAAAUGGUGGUGACUAGUGUUGUUUUUAAGGAAAAAAUAGCUUGCCUCUAACCUUCUGCCGCUAUUCACACUUCUCCGCAAUUAUUUACACCCUUUGUCACGCGUUUUUCAUCGUUUCAUCACCCCUUCAGCAUUACCUCCCUGCUUUGCAAGACGCUGUCUUAAUUCACUCGAGGCUUCAAGUUUGUCGUGCCUUUAUUUCAGUUCCUUGCCGGUUCCGAACAUCAUCUUGCGAGUGAUGGACGAGUCCCUCGCGCUUUGCCCGUAAUUGAAAGGACUGGUGCUGGACUCAACUUCGUGAGCACCGACACGGUUGCCAGCCUCCUUCGCGGUGACUACGAGAAAAAGAACGUCAAAUUUAUGAUUGUUGACUGCCGAUAUCCCUACGAGUACGAGGGUGGCCACGUGAAGACUGCUGUGAACCUCUUUACGCAUGACGACAUGGUACACGAAGUCUUUAAUCGGGUGCCCGCUCAACUUCCACCGGGCGCCGGACCCCCGAGACUGCUGGGUGAAGGUCUGUCCCGUCGCCUUGCUAUUCCUAGACCGGAAGUCCCACUGCCCGAGUUUAGCGACCACUCUAGCACUGAGGAGUCGGAUUCAUUGGUGGACCAAGACAGCGAUCUUCUGGAGGAGGACCCCGUUGAACAGGCUCCUGCCGCCGCUCCCACUCCCGUGGUGGUGGAACCGCACUCAUUCGUCUCUGAUCCACCAAGUGCCCGAAGCUUUCAGUCCGGUUCGCUAGACUCUACGACUUCGUCUAGACGCCUUCAGACAUCUGAAGAGGACAGCCCUGAGCCCCCAGAGCCGAGCUUUGUUGUGAUAUUCCACUGCGAGUUCUCCUCUCAGCGUGCACCCCAUUUGUAAGUUUUUUGCUUAUCAAGUCUCCCCAAGAGAUUUUGGCUUCUCCCCGUUUUUAUCGCCAGCCGCUUCCCAUAAUUCACUUCCAUAUCUUCAGCAUAACCUGACCUUGGUAAGCUGCAGUAACUAUCGAUCGAUUCUAGGUUAUUUAUUCAGCGUACGCCGAUCAAUAUUUGUAUGCGAAAUGCCACAGAGUAGCACGUUGUUAUCGGUCUGUCCACGCAGUUAAUACCCGUCAUUGCCGUCCCUAUUUCCAUUGUAUCCGCUACUGACUGCUUUUUUGUUGUAGGGCAACGUUCUUGAGACGCAUUGACCGCACUACAAAUUACCACCGUUAUCCCUUCCUCUUCUUUCCUGAAGUCUACGUUAUGAAGGGUGGCUAUUCCGAAUUUUAUAAGAAAUUCCCGGUAUAGUUUACUGUCUUUUCACGUUUCUUCUUAAUUUAUUCAGAACGUUUGAUUUAACCAUGCUUUAUUAAGUAUCAGUAAGCAGUUAUUAGCUCGAUGUGUUCUAAUCGAAAUUCUGUAUGCACACUUAGUCUUUAGGAGUAUACGGUUAAUGCCGUGCAGCGUGGCAGAUUUCGGCGACAGGCUUUGUCCAGUUGAGGUGCACUUUUCGUACACCAGUCAGUCUGAUAACAGGACUAACUCCGGCCUUUGUGCCCAACAAAAUCGAACACCACUUAAGGUCCGACAAGUUUCCAUUGUUUUACUUACUGACUUAAGCCACUUUAAUAUCGUAUCCUUACCCUUAUAAUGCCGAUCAGUGAGUGCCCACUCUAUCAUACCUACUUCCCACUGACUCACUUUGGACAGAUUCUGGAAUUCUGAAAAUAAAUUGGCGACUGUUUUUUUUUAGGAAUUCUGCGACCCCAGCGCUUAUGUAACCAUGUUCAAUCCGGAAUACCGGGGAGAACUGCGUCUGUACAAACGCCUUACCAAGCGGGUUAGCACAGCCUGCCAAGAUUGCUUCCGCAUAGUGCCGCCCUGCAAACAAGAUCUUAACGCUUCACAGCCUGAGCAGUCGUUUGGAAGGCCGUCAACACCAAAAAUUGGAACUUUCCCGAUUGUGGCCAGUACCAUGUUUGACGCAACCUUUGAUAAGGAGAACACGGCUCCACGUCUUGCUCUUGCUGGGCGCAUGCCCACUGAAAAGCCUCCCUUUUCCCGUAAGCAUAUCCUCUCGCCCUAUUUUUCAAACUCAUUUACACUCGUCCUCAUUUCUGCGCCUGCCUUUGAUGUACGAAGUAUUUCGGUACUGCUUACAGCCGCCUCGACAAAGAGUUCUUUCAGCAUGUUCAAAUAAGACACCAGUAGACCAGCAACACAUUAUUUACAUCAUGUGGGAACCUCAACUACUUUCGUCCCUCUGAUCUCGCAGCAAGUUCAGUUCCUGAACGAAGUACAGCCGUCAGAUACUAGUACUUCACUCUGGUUGGCCCCAGUUUCAGCCCUAUCCAACUGUGCGAUGCGAAACUUGUUUGCCACGAGGAUUUUUGUCCGUCCACCCUUCCGACUCGUUGAAAUUGCCGUCUUCUGCUUUUGUCGCAGCGACGUUCCCUCGGAUUGCCUUUUAAGAACUCUAUCUCCCUCCUAUCAUGGAGAACUGUCUGAGAUCCAAGCUCUUUGCUUGUUUAGGUAUUCUUUGGGUAAACAUUCACCACCUUUGUGAUUUACUGUUACCUCCGCUUUUGUGAUUUCCUUACAGCCACUUUUGCCCUAUCCGACGAACUCGGGCCAUCGUCGGUGUUUUCUGCAGAUCUAAACCUGGGCACUGCAACUGCAGACGGACUAUCCUCGCCGAUUUCAAGACAAACAGAGCGCCUAAGCUGCAGUUUCACAGACAGUUCAGUGCGUCUGGCGGAGGCGGUGGUCCGAGUGGGCCGACGAGUCGUGGCUGCCACCCUCUCAGAGAAAGACCGUUCAUCCCGGCCGCCCUGUGUCGAGUCACAUGCCGUAGGAGACUUGCCGGUCGCAGUACCACCCCCGCCGCCACCACCUUCACGAAUGUUGCCCGUUUCUUCUGGGCUCAAAAGACCAAAAGGCUUCCGUCUACCGGGUGAUAGUGACGUAAGCCUGCCCUGCACUCCAAUCUGCACUAAUUUCUGCCGAUCGUCCGUUGCGCAGUUCUCCAUCUGCGAUUCUCCCUGCCAUGAAACACCCGUGGCCCCUGCCAACGUCCAUCGGUGCUAA